AUGUUCUCCAGCCCAUUGGAGUUCGAUAUCGUGCUGCGCGCCAAAAUGGCCAAUGUGAAUUUGCCCCAACUGCUACGGCAGCGUGACCGUAGCAACCGCAACGCGCUGCAUUAUUGUGCCGCGCAGGAUUUGGAGCAGACGCGCGACCUCGUGGCGGCCGCAAGCAUUGCGAUUGCAGCUCCAGAGCUGCUGGAGUCUGCCGAUGAGGAUGGCUUCACGCCGCUUCACUUGGCUGUUAUUCAGGGCAAUUUGGCGAUGGUCAAUUUGCUGCUAGCGAACAAAGCCGAUGUGAACGCGGUGGACAAUGAAGGCCACUCGGUGGUGCACUGGGCCACGGUAUGUGGCGAAAUUGAGGCAUUGCGGGCAGUUCUGGCAGCCGGUGCAAGUGUGGCCCAGCCCGAUGUUAACGGCGGCACGCCCCUGCACUAUGCGGCACAAAUGUGCGGCGCCAGUUACGACAACAAGCUGAAGUCCAAUUCGAGCAAGUUGGCCCUUGAGAUUCUUGGCAUACUGCUGGCCCAUCCGCAGAGCAGCGUCGAUGUUCAGGACAAGGAUGGACGGCAGCCGUUGCUAUGGGCCGCCUCGGCGGGCUCGGCCAAAGCGGUUAUAGCCCUGGUGAAGGCGGGCGCACGUGUAGAGAGUGCCGAUAAGGAUGGUCUCACCGCGCUCCACUGCGCUGGCUCGCGUGGCCACACCGAGUGCAUCGACACGCUGAUAAGCCUGUGUGGCGCGCCCACAGAUCUCAUAGACACCAACGGCUGCACGGCGUUGCAUUACGCCGUGACGCUUGGCCAUGCGGAUGCCACGGCACGUCUGCUCGACUUGGAAGCAGAUCCCAAUCGGCAGGACCGCAAGGGUCGCACGCCCGCACACUGCGGCUGCUCCAAGGGCCAGUUCGAAACGUUGAAGCUGCUGAAGGAGCGCGGCGCUAAUCUCUGGCUGCGCAAUGCCAAAGGUGAUCUGCCAAUGCACGAGGCGGCCGCCUCCGGCCGACGUGAGCUACUCGAAUGGCUCCUGUCCCAACGACCCAAGCAGGUGAACACCACCAGCAACGACGGGCGCAGCCUGCUGCACAUUGCAGCUGCAAACGACUAUACGGACAUGUGCAAGCUGUUGCUGGACCAUGGGGGCGAUGUUAAUGCGCUCUAUCGCAAUUCCCGGGGCCUUGUGCUGACCCCGCUGGACUGUGCACUGCAGCGUGGUCAUCGCUCCACGGCCAAGUUCCUGCAGUCGCAAGGUGGGCAGCCAUCCAACAAGCUUCGGCUGGCUGCUCGUCGCGGCAAUCCCUUUCACGAGAGUAACGCAGCGGAUCUGGUGCGACCUCUGAAGUAUAUGGAAAAAGAGGAGUUGCACGAUCUACGUAGCUCCAAGAAAUACGUAGUGUAUCUCAGGCGCAGCGAUUCUGAUGGUGGCCUUGCUGUUGGUGCUGGGGAGGAGCAGGAGAAAGAUGAGUGCAGCUGCACGGAGCAGUCAUAUCGAAAGGAGCAGCGUCUGGUGCAUACAUGCCAAGGGCAUAAGCGCCGCCAGCUACGCCGGCGCACCAACAGCUGCGGCGAGGGCCAACAUAAGAAGUGUAGCGACAUUUGCCGCUCCAAGAGCAACAUUGAAAUCAGUCGGCGCUAUCAGUCCAGGGAGCGCUAUGCCAGCACCAGUGAUGGCGAGAACGACGAGGAUGAUGAGGACUCCUGCGAGAAUUGCUGCUAUCACAAGCGCCAGAAACAGCGUGUCGUGCCGCGCAAGCGCUCUACACCCUCGCACAGGCGCAAGGAGCUGCCUGGCAGCGAGGAGGAUGGCAGCGAGCAGGGAAACAGUACGCCGAAAAAGGGCGAGCACAAAGUGUCCCCAUUGCAGGAUAAACCCGACAGUCCACAGCCACCUCAAGCUGCAGGCAAGGAUCAGACACAGCCGGCCACGCCAACGGCUACCAAGGAGGGCACCUUUAUCAAAUCGCCGCCGCAGAGUGCCAAAGGCGACAAGGUAGCGGCUGUGGAGCCGGACAACUUGGAGGUGACAGAAGGCCAUGGCUUGGAGCUAACGGAUGAGGAGCAGGAAUCAGCCAAGUCGGUGGUUACCCAAGUGGAUGUGCAUCAUGAUGCAGAGUUGCAAUCCUCAAAGUCCUUCGAUGUGGUACCAGGAGGCGAAACGGCGACUGUAACUGCGACUACGCCUGCAGAGGCCGAGAGAGCUGCAAAGCACGAGCUAAGCGAGGAGGACACCAAAUUGGUCACCACUGAGGUCGAACAUAUGAUCACAAUAGCUGCCACGGCAUUGAGCAGCGAGUCAAAGAGUUCUACUGAAGAAGCAUCUGUCGAGAAUACAUCGGAAGCUGUACAGCAAAUGCUGCCAUUGAAUGGGGUUAAGAAUAAUCAUAGUGGAGAUCCCGUAGCGCCUGCCGAACCACCCACUGCCAGCACGUCCUUACCGCAUCCAUCUGCUGACGCGCCAGUUGCGAAGCCACCGACAGCCGAGCAACCAAAGUUAGAGGCGCUGCCACAGCCGCAACCCUUAGCAACCGCAGCAGAGGCUGGCAAAAAAUUGGAGCAUAUAGCGAUAGAGCCUGAAUGUGAGACAAAGGCGUUGCCUCCGUCAACUCCCCCCAAACCCCAAGCUGAGCCCUAUAAUCCACAGCAAAAGCCGCAGUCCCAACAGCAACAACAACAGCAACAGGAACAGCCACCACAACGGGAACAGGAGUCAAGACGCUCCUUUACACUGCUGCCCUCCGACUCGGCUGAUGAUGAGCCUGCGGCUGCUGUUGUGCCAGUCUCCGAUGAACCCGAACGUAAAUCGAGCUUCCAAGUGCUUAAGAGCGACGACUCCAUUGCCGAUUUGGAGGAUUCGCCGCGUCCACACGAUGUUAAGUACAGUGGCAGCAAUCAAGUCUUUCAAGUGGUGCACGAUGGCACCGCCAGCUCCAAGCUGCCCAGUGCAUCCGAGCUGGACAAGCCUGACGAAUACGAAGAAUUUGAUGAUGCCGCAGACGAUGACGAUGCAGACGACAUUGAUCCGGAGCACGACAGUGCCCUUCGCCGCUUUCUGAGCAGUGGAGCUCGCCAUGGUGUUGGCGGCGAGCAAGGCGCCACCAGCGACGCCACUGCAGCUGCUGGUGUCUAUGAUGGGCUGGCCAACGGGCGCAAGCGUCGCCUGAAAAAGCGCGUGCGCAGCGGUGCCAAGACGCGCAGCAAUUGGAAGAGCGCACAGGAGUCGCGAGAGAGCAAUGUCGCCUUGGCCACCACCAGCAAAGAUCAGGACUCCGGCUUCGAGCCCAGUCCACGUGCGGAGCGCACCAAAAUACCUACACCGCGCACAGCCCAUACGGCCAUGCCGCGCCGACCCAUCUAUGCGACCCUGGACGGACGCUCCUGUAGCAGUCGCCUGGAGAAUCGAAAGCCGGGAGACAAGGGCGCCUGUGACAUGGGCGCCGUGACACGCUCCAUCCAGCGGAAUAUUCGCAGAUACUACAUGGAGCGCAAGAUCUUCCAGCAUCUGCUGGAGCUCAAGUCGCUACAAAUACGCUCAAACAAGCUGAACGAGGCGGUGCUAGUAAAGCGCGCCGUUGACGACUAUCACAAAUCGUGCGUGCUGCUGGGCGGCGAAACUGGCACAAGGCUCCGGCGUUACAAUUUCAGCGAAUAUACGUUUAAGAAUUUUGAGCUGUUUCUCUACGAGACGCUCAAGGGACUGCAAAAGCCGGGCACCAACAACUUUCAGAACAUCAACGAGGUUUACGAGGAGGCGGAGCGUAGGCUAAGCCCCGACUACAAUGCGUACGAAAAGGCGCUGCAGUGCACCACCAAGACACAUCGUUGCCUCCAUGCGGCCCACGCCUAUACGGGCAUACCAUGCGCCGCCUACAUUCCCAUGAUGAAUCACCACACGAUGCCCAAGUUUGGAUUUGGACCGUACAAAAAGGCCGGCAGCGUUAGCAGUUUUUAUCUGCCAAAAAUACUGACCACUGGUCGCGCCUCCAGCGGGCGGGUCGGUGUUGGCGUUGGAGUCGAUGUCGGCUUUGGCGGCAGCGGCAAGUGCAGCCACAAAGUUGCUCUGGAGCUGUCACACGGAAAGAGCAAACAACUAAUUUCACUGCCAGCGGACAAGUUGGACAGCAAUAAACGCUACUAUGUGACGUUCACAGUUAAGGAUUCUCCGGGGCAGUUCGCUACCAAAGAGGCGCAUAAGCAAACCCAACCACAACAACACCAACAACACCAGCAACAACAACAACAACAUCCACAGUAAUCAGGCUUUG